GUCACAUUUGGUCUUCACAUCUGCUCCAUUCACAUAUGAAGAGGGGAGUGCAAAUUACUACAAGGGAACAUGAGUGAGCAGAGCUGAAAACCCACACCCUUCUCUAACCUGCAUCCCCGCUGCCAUAUCCCACACUUUGGAACCCCCUGCCUAUGGGCAUCAGGUGAGUACCUUCACUUUUUGUCACUUGCUAAAAACAUUAUUCUUUAGGCAAGUCUAUCCAGAUAUGUGGGACACGGGUAGCGCUGUGGUCUAAACCACUGAGCCUAGGGCUUGCCGAUUGGAAGGUCGGCAGUUCAAAUCCCCGCGAGGGGGGUGAGCUCCCGUUGUUUGGUUCCAGCUCCUGCUAACCUAGCAGUUCGAAAGCACGUCAAAGUCAGGUACCGCUCCAGUGGGAAGGUAAACGGCAUUUCUGUGUGCUGCUCUGGUUACGCCAGAAGCGGCUUAGUCAUGCUGGCCACAUGACCCGGAAAAACUGUCUGCAGACAAACGCCGUAUCCCUCGGCUGUAAAGCAAGAUGAGCGCCGCAACCCCAGAGUCGUCUGCGACUGGACUUAACUGUCAGGGGUCCAUUACUUUUUAUCCAGACAUGUACAAACUGUCAUGUGUUAGAUUUCAGCUUAAUGCUGAUUAUAAAUAUUUUUAAUGUUUUAAAAACCUGUUUUUAACAAGGGAGUUACAUAUCAUUUUGUUGUUUCAUUCUUUUUUCAAACUGCUUUGACGUUUCAUUACAAACAAGUGGUAUAUAAAUGUUGAUAUAAAGCGAAAUAACAAUUGCCAUAGAAACUAGGAUACGAAGAGGAAAUCUCAAGACUUCAGUACUCAAGAAGCAUGCCAUUUUAGUAUACCAACACUGACGCUGCAUUUAUAUUCUUAAACAUUCACAAUGCAAUAUAUUAUUCUGCAAAAUGCAAACUAGUCAACAUGUUGAUUCCCAUGAUCCAAGGGUGUAUAAUUUCAAACUCUUUAUUUUCAAUUCCUUUCCUAAUGAUCCCUAGCAUCGAACUUGCCUUUUUCACAGCUACCGCACCCUGUUAAUUAGUAUGGGAAAAGGUAUACUGGAACUCACCAACAGCAAUUAUCAUCAUCAUUAGGAACAUGAGGCUCCAUGGCCAAUGAAAAAGAGAUGUAAGGCCAUUUCCAGGCUCACCUGGAACUAAGUCACACUGAACCCAUUAGGAUUUAUUCCCAAGUAAACAAGGAUAGGGACUGAGUGCACAUUAAUUUAGAAAGAGGAAAUUCAGAUGAUCUCUAGAGAAACAAAAGGUUCCUCUUUCCGACCCUGCUCUUUAGGUAGCUUAUAAAUUAUGGACAGUUAAAACCAGGUACUUUAGCCUAAUUUGAAGCAGCAUCGUGUAAGGAUACACAGCAGGGUCAAAAGCUCUGCUAUAAAUAAAGCACAACUGCCAGACGGUAGUAUCAGGUGUUGAAUAUCUCUGAGUAGCAGAAGGCUACUGCCAAGGGAUUUCACUCAAGCUAUGUAAUCACCAGGGGAACGGCACCCAUCUAAGCCAAGUUGGCAAGAUGGUUGAAAGGACUUUCACACAGGGUUAGUUAAGUACACCAGUGACGGACAACUGCAGGGUCAAAAGAAAAGGGGAGAAGGAGAAGCAGCCCAUAUUAAAAAGGAAAUUGGCUUUCCUUCCAACAUCUACUCUGACCUCAAGUCCAAAUGCACUAAGCUGGUUCUCACAGCGAAAGAACGCCUUUCAUCCACUUUCUGUUUCCGUCCACUUUUAUGUUUGGGACAAAAGGCACCAACAUAAAAACGCAGAGAUGCAUUGGCGCAAAUGGGCCUCAAGCCGCUAGGAUUUUGCAAGAACCACUCUCCCCACCACACCACCCCACACACGUUGCUAGUAACAAAAGCAACAUACAUAUUUUUGCUAGAAGCCCAUUACUCAUAACUUUUGAACAUUCUAAGGAGCUCAGCUAUGACUUACAGAGAGCACAUUUUACAAUGGCACUACCAUGCUCGUUUCUAGUACUCUUGCUUCCUUCCUCCCACAGCUCUUAGGCUGGCCAGAAAGAGGUCCAUCUCCAUAUUCCAACCCCCUCCUCCCGGUGCUGAAUCUCUGGGCGCAGCUCCAUAUUCCAACCCCCUCCUCCCGGUGCUGAAUCUCUGGGCGCAGCACAUGGGUCCAUGCAUGCAUGCUGCUGCUGCUGGCCCUUGCCACCUGUCCCUUAUUUCAAGGCACUGUCCCUUCCUUGGACGCAGGGCUCCUUUUCUUCCAAGUUCAUAAGCAAUGCAAUUCGUUACGUUCCUUGCUGUGCUGUCACCGCCUUGGGGCGCGCAGCACAGAGAGUGGCAGGAGGCGAUGCUGCCCCGUUGCCCUUCUCCUGCCCCGAGCCACAAGCCGCCAAAACCGCGACCUCGCCCCCCACACCCCCCGGCCAGCAUCCCCGGCAGAGGCAGCACUGCGUUGGUCCAAGCCUCCCGCGCGCGCCACCCCUCUUCCUUCUCCUCCCGCAGCGCCAGGCUCGCCUUACCGAGCAGCGCCCCUUCAACACGUUGCCUUCAACCCGCUGCUUCCAGGCUCAGCGCCGCCCGCCGGGGCACCUUGGGCAGCCGCGCCGUCUGCGGGGGGGACCCGUCCUUGCCAGCGGCGGCGGCGGCACCCAGGGCUGCCUAAUCGGGCCGCGGGCGCGGGCUCGCCGGCACUUGCUCUGGCGGACUGCCCGGCUGGACUGGCUGCCUCGCUAAAGCGGCCCCGGCAGGGGAGGGCGGGAUGCUGACGCGAUUUCCGGAGCGCCCGUUGCCAUGGCGCCGGGGACACGCCGACCCGCCUCUCCCGGGCCGGGCUCGCGGGGAGGCGGCAGAGGCGCCUGGCUGAUCGUGGAAGCUUGGGGGGAAUCGUGGCCUGCUAUUUUUAGAAGGGGGCGGCGGGGGUGAGGAGAUCAAGCAGGAAAGAGGGGAUCGUAGAGUUGGAAGGAUCCCAAGGUUAAUCUAGUCCAGUGUUUCCCAACCUUCCGACCUUGUUUCCUUCCUGUGCUCCCCAUGCAUGUAGGCAGGGGGGCAGCUGCCCCCCAAAUAAGUAAAAAUCAAUACAAAUCUGAGGUUCUGCCCUCCUAACAAAGACCUACCCCUUAACAAAAAUCCUGCCUGCUGGUGGGCAUCCCUCAUACUCGCUUGUGAUUGGUCAAGCAGGUAGCCUGCCCAUCAGGAUUUUUUUAAUUUAAAAAAUGUUGAUUUUCCCCCCUUCGCUUCUUACUUUCCUCUGUGGUCCCCUAGCCUCAUGUUAUCCCCCCUCCCAUUUACACGAUUUUCACCUGGGGGCACCGCAGGCAGCCAUAUGCUCCCCCCCCCCCUUUGGGAAACGCUGAUCUAGCCCAACCCCCUGCAAUGGAGAAAUAACAAUCCCUCCUCCCAUCGCCUGCCGUGCAAGAAAGUGAAAUGGGGGCAGGUCUCUCCCCCCCCCCAGCUUUGAAGUAGGCAACUUCCCCUGCAGGCUCACUCCUCUGAGCCCUGCAUCACGGAUGGGGUGUAGCACAGAGCCUGUUUUGCAUGACAACCUAAGGCGAGCCUGCUGGGUCACGCCAUGGCCCCAUGCUAGACUGCAUCCUGUUCUCACAGUGCCCAACCAGAUGCCUGUAGGAAGCCCGCAAACAGGACCCGGGCACAAAAGCACUCUUCCCCACCUUCUGGUUUGCAGACAUUGGUAUUCAGGAAUACUGUUGCCUCCUUGUUUUAGCACCCUUUCUGGGCACUGUGAUAAGGAAGAUGGGGUCCAUAGUGAUGCUUACAGAUAAAUACAAACAACAGCUGCUGCCUAGUCACUCUCCCUCUCUCGGCAGUGCUUAUGGGGCUGCAAAGAGCAGCUGCUCAACUUUUCAGUCAUCUACACUCUCCCUCUAGGUGGUAGGGAUUCAGGAAGAGGAAGAGGCAGAAGCAGUGACUAACCCUUCAAGAAGCAGCAUGCCCUGCUUGCUUGCUUGCUUCCUCACUCUGGAUAGGCCUGUUGGCCCCAAUGCUUCCUGCAGAAUCAGCCAAAGCUGGAGGAAAAGCAAGCAGGCAGAGAGAGGGUGUGAGCAAUAGGAGCCAGGAACUAUGCUCCGCCUCAGCACCAGAUUUAGGGUGGUGUGAGUGGUUCCCCCACACAGGGUGCCAAGCCAAAGAGACACAAAAUUCAGAUGAUCCAUAACUGAGAAUAUCCAUUUGAGGGUGCACAGGGUGCCAUAUUCCGAAAGGGUUACCAAAGUUCUCUCCUGUCUGCCUCCACAGUCAGAGGCAGCAAUGCUUCUGAAUACCAAUUUCUGGAAGCCACAGAAGGGGAGAGUCCUCUUGCCCUCAAGUCCUACUUGCAAGUUUCACAUAGACAUCUGGCUGGCCACUGUGAGAAUGGGAUGCUGGACUAGGAGAGCAAUUGGCCUGAUCCAGCAACCUGUUCUUGUGGACAGCUAUCACUUUGCUGCUGAGAGAAAGAAAUGCCAAGCAACUGUGUGGAAACAGCGGCUGCUCCAAUGGCCUACUGACAACAGUCUGGGUCACCAACACCUGCCAGGCCCCCACUGCCCUUCAUUGUUUCCAGCUACUAGCCACCACCACUAUAAUUCCCAUGCAUUACAACCACUUCAUGUGUCUUUUGUGAUCAAAUCUGCCAGCAUCUCUUAUUUCUUCUAAAAGGAGCUAUAGAAUGACACAAUGACACUGAUUUGUCAUUGUGUUAAGUGUCAGCCUACUUUACUGAAGGCACACUUUUCUACAUGUCUAGCAUAUCCAUGCAGGAAAACAACAUGCAGACCACGGCUAACCAAUGUUGUUGGACAACAGCUCCCAUUGUCGUCCCUGACCAUAGGGCAUGAUGGGUGGGACUGAUGGGAAUUGUAGUCCAACAACUUCUGGAGGGCACCGUGUGGAGUAUCCCCAAGAUGGCUCAUCAUCUCAUGAGACAUCAUAUACAUUUUUUCAUACAUAAAAGCAAUGGUAUCCAGAGGGAAAUGAUCAUAUACAAGAUAGCCUUUACUGUGAGUGUCAGAGGAAUGUUACUGCAGAGGAUGCAAUAUGUGUUUGUGGAGAUAGCGUUGUUUCUUAUAACAAAUUCUACUGGGGAGUUACCCAAGCACAAAUUGCACAUUGAGUUAGCUGCAUUAUCUUUUUCUUCAUUUUUUCACACUCUUAUCAUGUGCCCUUGGAAAAAAUCUCAGGAGCAAAGUGAUCCUAAAAAUAAUAUGUGUGCCUAAAAAUCAUAGGACCAGUACUUAAAUAUUUGAGUAUUUAAUAUUUAAGUAAGCAUGCUCAGGAUAUUUCCCCCCUCAGAUCUGCCUUGUUUUAAGAAAUCAGCUUAAACAUUAAAAGUUAUUAAAAUGCAAUAUGAAGAUAAUGAUAAUAUUUACAAUUACAUUUUACUGGCAGAAUAAUUGCAGUUUAAUGGCUGCCAAAUGCCUAUACUAUUUCAAUUAUGUUUUUCAUCAGUUUCUAAAUGAAACUUUGCCCAAUGGCACCUGUACUGGUGACCCAACUCUGGGUAUCCCAGACCUGGGGGGGGGGGGAGCUGUUUAAUUUUUAUAGAACUGUAUGCACAAGUAAACAAGUAAACCAUGCUGUGGUUUCAUGUUUACAUAAAUGCUGGGUUAAUGCUGCACCCAAAUCAUCCAGUAAUACAUGCUUAGGACAAAUCCACAUUUGUACAAAAGCAAGGACAGUCAUCCAUUUGAAGAGAUGUCAAAGGAUCGCAUUCUAUUAGAAGAUGACCUAGAUUUGACUGAAGUCAGGUUUAAAGAUAAAGGACCAUAGGAAGGGCAAGCAGUGACCUUGAAGUUGCCCAUCAACAGUGAACACCUGGACAAUAGCAAAGUACAGUACAUAGAUCACUUGGCCACAGUCUAUUGACAUUUACUUGUAAAUUUGCAUCUCUGCAUAUAAAUUUGCACACAAACAUUUUGGGCAAAUCCGCACCCUCUUUUAUCCUCCUUGGCAGUAUUAAAGCAGCCACUCUUUCUGUAACUGAAACAAUAUAUUCUCCCUGUUUACCACUGCCUGCUCUUCUGUCCCCUAUUUCAAAUUAAAUUGUAAGCUACUUGGAGCAAGGAUCUCUUUUCUGCUCUGUAAAGCAAGUUGGUGGCACUAUAUAAGUGACAAUAAUUAAAUGCGGGGACAUGAUCAGUUAUCCUGCCAUCGUUAAGAAUCAUGAAUGUAAGUUAAAAAUGAUGCUUUUAUUUCCCUGAUGUGCCUGUGUGUGUGCAUGUGAACACACCCACCAACUAUAUUUUAACUGGCAGUAGCUUUUCAUUUGGGGGGAUUAGAUUAGAUAUUAGAUUUUGAUAACAAUGCCAGUUAAGGAUAUAAAAAUGUUCUUUUCUGUAUAAUACGCUACAUUCAGCAAUGUUCUAGUCUGUGAAUUAAUUUUUAAUGUUUUCCUCUCUGAGGCGAUGGUGUUCUUGUUGUUAUUGUUUUCCUUUUUGGCAGCUUUAUUCAUGGGAGAAUAAAUUUCCUUUGAAGUGAAUGGUUGCCAGCAAUGGUGUACUUACAAAAGAUGAAAUCCAUUAAAAGCUUUGGACAAGAAAUCCCUCCGUGUAUGUAAAAAGGCCUCCAUUUUGUAUUCAGAGUGUGUGUAUGUGUGCACGCGCACGUGCAAUGUUGCUAUGGAGUUGAGGAAAUGAGAAUAGUUUUAGAAUGUGCCUAAAGGCAUUGGCUUCUAGGACUGCAUGAUUUCUUUAAAAAAGAAGAAUCAGACAACAUAGUCUUUUGAUGCCACUUAAAGCUGUAUUCUGUUUUUAUUGAAGUGAUUUAGAUUUUUGACAUUAGCCUUGGUAGAAGUUAUCUUAAAAAAUGUCAUUUCCCCCUUCACCUGUCUUUUAAAUUGAAUAUGUUUUCAGUGUUCAGUUGGUAUACAUGUAUUUUGAGUUUUGUAGAAAAAUUGCAAUCUUUUUUGUGGUCAUGUGGUGGCCAUGUGUUUGUGUUGUGCCAGGUUAUAUAUAAGAGCUAAUGUAAGCAUAAAAUUGCAACUGAUCUGUGUCAUGCAAACAAAUGAUUGCACCUAAUAUCUGCCACCUACUCUGUUUCUAGCAAUUUCCACCUAACUACUUUCACAAGAAAAAACAAAGACACAUUUACAGAAGAAUACUGUACGCUUGUUUGUUUGUUUGUUUGUUUGUUUAAAAAUGAAAGUUAAAAGAAACUUUUAAGCUAAGGCACUGUUCAGAAACCAAAAAUGCUACAGAGAAGGCAAGUGAAGGAAGGAGUCAAAUCCACAAAGGAUCUUUUGUUUCCUUUGACCAAGUUUGCCCUCCCAAGAAUACAAACAAGCUGGUCUAUUUGGCAGUAGAAAGCUCCAAUAGCAAUAUUAUUGCAUUUUGUAUAUAUUAUAUUAGGGACAUUUGCAGAUUUAGAGAGCUAGUCUAUUGCCUGAUAAGGCUUCAUGACAGUAAUAGUUCAGCUAUCUGUUGUACCCUCUUAGAUAAAUUAUUUCAUUUCUACUUGAAAACAAAUAGAACAUUUAUGAAGCCCAUAUUCAUUUUGUCAUGGUUUAGAGGUGGAAGAAGUCCAAACAUUAUCUCAGCUCAAUAAUGAUGGGAAUAGAGAGCUCAUUCAGGUUAUGUUCUAAAUGCUUUUAUUUGUUUCUUAUUUUGCAUUAGUACAAAAGGGAUUCAAUAUUACUGGGUUUUUGGAUUUAUCAGCUAUUCAAACUUGCAAUCACAGCAUUGUCUGCCUGUUAAUUCAUUACUACUAAAGCACAUUUACAAAGUCCACGAUUGCAGACUUCUCCAUAGUUACUGCUGGGAGGUGGUUGCUUGGAAUAUAGCAGGAUUGGCAGGAGAUGGGGACUGACCACCCAUUUGAGCUUUCCCAAUAUGCUGAUCUUCCUUUUUUAAAAAAAUGAUGUUUUCUGACUGACAGAAACACUUGAAAAAACCCAAAUGUUUUUCAAGACAAGCCCAGAAGGGAUCCACGCAUCGUUAACUCCAAGUCAAACUCAGAAGUAUGCAAGGCAUUUUGCAUUUCCACAUACCCAAACUCAAUUUUGUUGACAGACGAAACUUCAUGGCAUAGCCUACAUAGAUAGUUGGAAUUGUGGAGAGCUCAUUCCAAGCAACAGGGAAGUAAUCAAACACACCUUCUAAUUACUUCCUGGCUCCAGUCAAUGAUACAAAGACUGCAAUUUCCCAGCUCUGGAUUGUGACCAAGACACAGUCAUGGAUUUGGAAUCAGAGUACACACAGCCCUAAAGAAACUGAAGCUUUAUCUAAGACAAAAGCUUUGUUUUAAUUUUUUAAAAAUAUAUUUCUACACUACUUUUCCAGGUAAAUUGGGCAAAUGGUGGGUCUCAUUAUUGAAGGACACCCCACCCCAAUUGAAGAAGAAGAGUUUGGAUUUGAUAUCCCACUUUAUCACUACCCUAAGGAAUCUCAAAGCGGCUAACAUUCUCCUUUCCCUUCCUCCCCCACAACAAACACUCUGUGAGGUGAGUGGGGCUGAGAGACUUCAGAGAAGAGUGACUAGCCCAAGGUCACCCAGCAGCUGCAUGUAGAGGAGCGGGGAAGCGAACCCAGUUCAGCAGAUUACGAGCCACUGGUGUUAACCACUACGCCACACUGGCUCUCACUAUUGAAUAGUGAAUCAUCAGAACCUCAGACCAUUCAAUGGCAAAAUCGUACAGUGAUCCAUGCCACCACACCCAAGUUGGAAACAAGUCCAUCAAGAGGAGAUAGAAUGCCAUGAUAAUGCUAAAUCCAAACUGAGCCAGGACUUGAGGUUGUUAUGGUUACUGUCAAGCUCAUGAAGCUUUCCAUUCUAGAUACUAGAUGUUGGAGGGGUUUUGGAUGGGCUAGAUACUGUAUGGCCUUCUGCCUAUCCCUGCCCAGCUGUAAUCAUGGGGAGAACCCAAAAACAGCCACCCAAAUGGGAGAUGGGCAGAAUCAACCAGUGGCAUCAUCCCCAGCAGCUAUCAGGAACUCUCAAAACAGGGCACUUCAGGGUAGGGCUGGGCUGGGCUCGGAUAGGAUGUGAUUGCAAAGACCCUGAUUAGGGUCUCUUUGCUGUGCUAGCAUGGGAGCUAGCUCAGUAAAGGGACAUUAUUCCCUGUCCGACUUUCUGUGCUGGCUGGCACAAAUGGCAGCAUUGGAGCUGCCCAGAGUAGCUGGGGCAACCCAGUCAGAUGGGUGUGGUACAAGUAAUAAAUUAGUAGUAGUAGUAGUAGUAGUAGUAGUGGCUACAAGUCCUGCCACUACCAGCCAUUCAUCUGGAUUGGUAAUGAUCAGCAAAUCCUGCAGUCUCAUGCAUAGAUGAUAUAUGAAAUGUGUUGAUGCACUUCAUGUAUCUUUUUAAUUAAAAAAAAAGUUAAAAUGGCAACACAGAGGCCACCAUUCUGGGAAUGGGGACCACUGCAUCGAGGGAAGGGAACUAACCACCUUGCCAGUCUGCCAUGCCAUGCCACAGAAUUGCCACUUGCGAAACUUCUGUUCGCUUAGGAAAUCUGAGUGAGGGCAUCUGCUGUUGGCUGCCUUUCCAACUUUGUCUUCCUGAACAGCUCUUCUCACAGCUGCCACCGUGCUGUAGAAAAUGAGAGGCUCACAUAAAUAAGGAAGCAGGCAAAAGCAACAGUCAUGUUGGGAAACAAACACUCAGGUUUGUAACCACAGUGGUACAGCUAGAGCUGGACCUUGUGGCUGAUGCCCAGGACCCAACAAUCCAGGGGCUGCCUAGAUGACCAUUUGGAGAACAACAUAAUUGUGGAGGGGGGAGGAUAUAGCAUGGCAAACAGGCCCUGCAUCAGCCCCUGUGCUGGCAUGCACAUCCCAGGGCAUUGGUCAUUACAGCAUCCUUAUGAUCCUUUUUUCAAAAACACAUUUUAUACUCGUGGAUUGGUCUGCCAGACAUGUACAUGGUUACAGAUGUUCAUUUUAUUAUUUUUAUUUUGAGAAUAUAUUAUCCUCUUCCCAGUGCUAUUGUUCUAGAAAAAGAGUUGCCGGAACUCACCAUAAACACCUCCCUUGUUCUCUUAUAAUGACAAUGAUACCCACCUGAAAGGUGCCAGAACUGAGUUCUAGCAGAAAAAAGCCCUGCAUACACAUAUAAUAUAUAUUGCUAUUCUUUGUAACCACCUGAACCAACUAAAAUUGCUUUUUACACCCUUCCCAUUUUCACAGACAAUAUUGAGUUGAGCUUUAUUUUCUAUAUAUUUUCGCUUUUCUGUCGCACACAACAUUGAUGGUGCUUCUCUAAACCAGGCAAUAGAAUGCAUGUGAUUAUCUCCAUGGCACUUGGAAUGCUUCUGGCACUGAUUUCCUAGCACUCAAUUAAUUGCUUUUAAUGCUUGUUCAGGCACCGAUUUAAAUGACACUGGAGGGAACAAUCAAAUUGAUUAAUCCUCUGAAUCUGCUAAGCUUCUUGAAUACAUUACUACAGUCAUUUCAAUUUAGCAAAGGGAAAAAGGAAAAUGUCUUGGCAUUGUUUGGAUCUUAACAGCACAGGCAGCUCAAAUGUAGAUAUCUAAUUAUUAGCUCCACUUUCUAUUCAUUUUUCUGUCCCUUCAAAUUUACUAAAUUGCAUUACCCCAUGCUGACUGUUUCACAUUCACCGUGUUAGACUGGAUCCCAAUUCAACCUUAAAUUCAGAUUCUCAUUUUAGAUACUGUUAAAUUAUGACUCUGAGUCUUUGUUUACAAGAAUAGGACUUGUGUUUCAUUUCAAGUUACAGAAACAAACCCUAAAACAUUUUAUAUCUUGUGUCAUAUAGGAAUUCUAAUGGAAAGCAUAGUUCUUCUUUGCAAAUUCAUAACAAAAAGGGAGAUAUAACAUCAUUAAAUGUUAUGAUUUAAUAUGAAAUCUAUGGUUUUCCCAAUCAUAACUAUCAUUAAAUUCGUUUGGUAUAUGUGUAGGUCAAUUUACUUGAAUUUCAAAGCGAUAAAUUUAUUUUAAAUGGCCAUGUCUGUUAGAAAAAAGCUAAAGGGUACAAUUAGGUUGGUAACAUCUCUUUUAAAACAUGUUUGAAAUAAGCAGUAAUUUAUUAAAUAAAUCUAAAGUUCUGUCUGAGAAUGAAGAACCCAUGAAAUAAAGACUCUGACUAGUGCAUUCCAUUUCUACCCAAAAGAAAGCUGUGUUGCUUUCAAUGGGACUUAUUCCCAGGUAGGCAUAUAUAGCAGAAUCAGGAUCCUCAGGCCUGGAGGUCAAGUACAGUCUGCCAAGCCUCUCCACCUACUCUUCCCAGGUUUUGCCCCAACCUCGGCCGCACGUUGCUGCUACUAAGUGGCCCUGCUCCAUUAUCUCCUUGAGUGCUUUUAUAUUUCUGGAAUGUAUCAUUGAACUGUAGUAAUGCCUUUUGUUUACUUGGAUGGAUGGCGGAUGGAAAGAUAUUUUUAUGUGGAAACCUCUGGCUUUUGUGCGGCUGGAAUGUAGCCUCCUGUACAAAGGUAAGAAUCACACCUGUUGCUCCACCCACUUCCGCCUCUGGCUCUGCUCAUCACAGAUGGGAAGCCCCUGGCAAGUUGUUCAUGAGAAGUGGUCUUCAAGCUGAAAAAACGGGUUCCCAGCCUUGGUGUAUAGGUUCACAGUCUAAGUGCUUCCUCUCUCAGAAACAACAACAUGAAAAUAUAUCCUUUUCGAAAGGUAAGGGCUACUAAAAAGGGAGGGAAAAGUGCAAAGCAAACAAAACAAACCCUACUUUGUGCAAUUUCAUGAAAGAAGGUGACCAUACAAUGAGGAACUGUCCCAUUCUAACUGUUAUCAACAAGCUGAAAAUCACAAACACACACACACACACACACAACCUGGGGCAAGAGAAGGAUCAUGAUUCUAGUGUGCCAAUGAAAGUAGAGAGAAAUAUUCAGUAGAAUUUUGUGACUUGGGAAAACUAGACACCUUUUUUCUCUUAUCUGUAGCCAUUCUUGAAACGAGUGUGAAGGUUGAUGUUCAUAUUUCAUAGGAAAACUAACAGAAGAUGGAAGUUUGUGGAGGCAGAGGAAAUGUCAUUACCAAAGCACUGAAUAACUAUGAUAUUUAAAACGACUGAGGGGAAGCAUUAUAACUUCUGCUGGAUUCUUCUUUAUUCUGAAUUCCACUUUGUAAGCAUGAACAAAUCCACUUGAUAUUUGGAAUUUUGGGAAGUUACUUGAAGACUCCCAGUGCUCUUCAACCUGUAUUUUCCACCCCUUAAGGGCCGGGGCAUCACUCUAGCAGUGUGGAAAAGUACAGCAGAUACACCAUAGAGAUGGGAAGAGGGCAACCUAAUCCCCACACCCCCAUGUGGUUCACUUGCUGCUGGUGGUGUUCUCAGUACAGUUUCACACAAACCCCAUCAUUCUUCUGCCAGUCCUCAAGUUCAUUUUAUUUUAUUUAAAAACCUGCAAUUGGAGUUUUAUUUGUUUUACUCUAGGUAUAGGCUGCUCACUAUCCCACAGAUCUCAAAGCAAGAAGGGGGGGGGGAACCAAAACACACAUAUAUGUAGAUUAUUACCUGGACAUAGAACAAACUAGAAAUGUGAUUGUUUUCUUUGCUUUGCUAAAAGCCAUGCCAAGUCUUCUCCCACCUUCUAGAGUUAGUUAAGUGAAAGAGAGGGCUGUUACAUUACAUCAGUUCUGUACCUACGUCAACAGCUCAGCUAUACCCCUUAGUCCAGGGGGGUUACAGGCUGGGAUUCAAUCCUGCCUGAAAGAUUACUGUUGACCUCCAAGAAGAGUAUGGAAAAGGGGAAGCCACAAGCUACAGACUUCUAAUGAACUUAAGCUCUUUGUUCUUCUUACUGCUUCUCCCUCAGAGAGCUCCUGAGCUGCUGCUGCCUCCCAGUGUUGAGCAGAAGGACCUUAUGAAGACAGCUAGGUUGCCCUUGUGAAAGAGUAACUUCCUUGGGAUUUGUGCCCAUUUUGCUGGCACAACCUGCUUUUCCAGGAAAGGCUAAUCAAUCUUGGGCUGUCGGGUGGGGAGGAGGAGGAGACCUGCCUUGCACAUAGUAUUGUGUCCUGUUCUGAUUCCUUAAUAAAUCUUACCUCUAAUCUAUUCCUGAGUCCAAAGCAUAUACAGCUACAUUGGUUGUUGUACCACCCAAUUCUAAACACUAAGUUACUUAAGAUUUAAGUACUGUUGAGUGUGUGUGUUUAGGAGCACAGCCUAACAUGUUUUGAUCUUAUAAGUUUCUAAUAAAAGUUAUAUUGUAACAGGAGCAGCCAGGGGACCUGGGAAAGCUGAAAAAUCUCUUUCGAUUAUGUUGAGAUAAUCCCGAUUUGCCUGUUUAGAGUCCAUUCUCACAGAGGGGGGGUAACAUUUCUUUUCCUAUUAUGGAUUAGGGUUUGUUUUGUUUUGUUUUUUAAGGUUGUUCCAGUUCCCUUGACAUACGCUUGAUCAUCCCAUAUAUCAGAAAUGACUUGUUCCCAGAAUGGCACUCCCAGCAUGGGCUACCCAGUAUAUUCAAAGACUUUCUGGGUAUUAGCGGCAGCUAGACUGGUGACUGGGUGCGGCCGCCGAGACCACAAAACACCAGUCUUAAAGCCCUAAACGGCCUCGGCCCAGUAUACCAGAAGGAGUGUCUCCACCCCCAUCAUUCUGCCCGGACCCUGAGGUCCAGCACCAAGGGCCUUCUGGCGGUUCCCUCACUGCAAGAAGUGACGCUACAGGGAACCAGGCAGAGGGCCUUCUCUGUAGUGGCACCUGCCCCGUGGAACGCCCUCCCACCAGAUGUCAAGGAAAUAAACAACUAUGACGUUUAGAAGACAUCUGAAGGCAGCCCUGUUUAGGGAAGUUUUUUAUGACUGGUGUUUUAAUGUAUUGUUAAUCUUUUGUUGGAAGCCACCCAGAGUGGCUGGGGAAACCCAGCCAGAUGGGCAGGGUAUAAAUAAAAAAAUAUUAUUAUUAUUAUUAUUAUUAUUAGUGGGCAAGUGACCAUCUUGAAAUAGUUCUGCCCUAAACAGGAUGACCUUGAUGGCAGAAAGUGAGGAGGAAUUAAAGAACCUUUUAAUGAGGGCCUGAAGCUCGACAUCAAAAAAAAUUGGAUCAUGGCCACUGGUCCCAUCACCUCCUGGCAAAUAGAAGGGGAAGAAAUGGAGGCUGUUAUGUACUGAUGUUCUCACCCUGGGCCAGCAGGGGGAUACUGUAGAUAGUUAUGCAAAUGAAGGAUCGAAAGUGACGUUCUGUGAUUGGAUAGUUUUAGAAAGUCACAACAGUUACAAUUGUUCUGGAGCUCUAUAUAAGCAGGCUGACUGAGCUCCUCAGUUAGUUCUGUUCUGGCAUCUGAAUAAAGAAGAGCUGUUUGAAGAAUCACUGUGUCGUCUGAUAUGUUCACCCACAACUUAACAGAGGCAGUGAGACAGUGAGAGAUUUUACUUUCUUGGGCUCCAUGAUCACUGCAGAUGGUGACAGCAGUCACGAAAUUAAAAGACACCUGCUUCUUGGGAGAAAGGUGAUGACAAACCUAGACAGCAUCUUAAAAAGCAGAGACAUCACCUUGCCGACAAAGUUCCAUACAGUUAAAGCUCUGGUUUUCCCAGUAGUGAUGUAUGGAAGUGAGAGCUGGACCAUAAAGAAGGCUGAUCGCCAAAGAAUUGAUGCUUUUGAAUUAUGGUGCUGGAAGAGACUCUUGAGAGUCCCAUAGACUGCAAGAAGAUCAAACCUAUCCAUUCUGAAGGAAAUCAGCCCUGAGUGCUCACUGGAAGGACAGAUCGUGAAGCUGGGGCUCCAGUACUUUGGCCACCUCAUGAGAAGAGAAGACUCCCUGGAAAAGACCCUGAUGUUGGGAAAGAUGGAGGGCACAAGGAGAAGGGGACGACAGAGGACGAGAUGGUUGGACAGUAUUCUUGAAGCUACCAAUAUGCGUUUGACCAAACUGCGGGAGGCAGUGGAAGACAGAAGUGCCUGGUGUGCUCUGGUCCAUGGGGUCACGAAGAGUCGGACACGACUAAACGACUAAACAACAACAACAAACAGGAUACACCAGGCUCAAGAUAUGGAAUAUAUCUGUAUCAUGAAGUGGUAUUUGUCAGGUAUACCAAACAUUGCCACCAGCUAGCUCCAUCUUAAUGCUCAGACACUUAUGAGCGGUUUGAUUCCUGCUAUACUUUCUCUGCAUUUUUCUCUUUCUUCCACCAGUGUAAAAGAUUUUCCCCUCCUUUUUUUAGUAAAGGAGAAAAGAAGGGAAAAUGGGUCCUUUGUGCCAUUCAUUAGUCUGUCAGAUUGCCUAAGAUUGGCAGUCAGCCCUCGUAUCAAAGCCAUUGUUCUUGGUGUAUUUCGUUGCUGGACAUGGUCCCAGUAGCACUGGAAGGCUGCCACAGAUAUGGCAAUGGCAGCAGCUUCAUAACAGCCUCUCUUUAUUCUGGCAACUCAAAGCCAGCCAAAUUGUCCCUGUUCCAUGGCUUUUAAGUAAAGAAAUGCUGUGCCAUGUUCUAUGGGAAUGAGAAUACAAGACCACAGUACAGAGCAUAACUGAAAAUACAAAGAGCCAGCCACUUGGUUUGUGUAGAUUUGGUGGGGGGGGGACAAUAACAAUAACUGCAUUGCCAGGACAAAAUUGGAAUAUGGCAUCACCCUGGAAGAUCAGAUCUCUUCCCUGAGAUAUGAUAAGAAAUAAAUAUAAGAUGAAAGAGACACUGAGCAUGUGCAAAGUACAAAGUGCAUUUCCUCCUCACCUGUGAGUAACCAGAACCAGCCUUCGUGUACAUCUGGGAUAAGUGGGAAAGACUCAUUUGUUGACCCACAUCAGAAAACCUUUUUCACCUGAUUGCCAUUCCGUGAAUGAAAUUAUAAAAUUCAGAAUGGGUAGCAGACAGGGAAAUGGUGAGCAGAUUGGGCACAAAAUUCAUGACAUGAGCAAAGUGGUAAUCAUAAACCAGGCAUGUCCAAAGUUUGUUUCAAGGGCCUAAUCUGGCCCGUUGGCUGGUUUAAUCCGGUCCCUGUGGCAGUUUAUUUCCUGGGGUAAAAUCCUAAAAAAAACCCUCAACAACUUAAAUCCUAAAAAACUCAACAACUUCAGUCUUAAGGAAAGCUCAACAACUUUGGUUGUUCCUUUGGUCGGCCCUCAGGGCCCUUCACUUCAUCAAAUCUGGCCCUCUUUGAAAAAAGUUUGGACACCACUGUGACAUAAGCUGUCCUCUUCUGCUCUGCAAAGAGCCAUGCAUAUUAAUAAACAAACGGCUAAGCAAUGAUGGGGCCACCUAGUGGAAACUGCUUGAAACAAUGCGCACACUGCAGUUCAUAUGGGGACUACAGUAUUAUAGGUAGACCCACAUUGCAGCCCACUGCCCAUUUAACUGCUUCAGCAAUCUGCAACCCUGUCUUGGUUUCUGCACAAUAUAAACAGAGCUUCAAAACAACUAGAAAAACAUAGUGUAAAGUCAUUAGAAGAACACUGUAAGCUAUUUUGUUGCUAGAUUGUUCCAACACGAGUGUGUUUUCUGUAAGAAGAGCUGUUUUCUUGCUGUAAAACACUGAUUAUAUUAUCUCGCAAAGUGCCACUUUUUGCAUGAACAGGUCUCCACCUUACAACAGGUGAACAGCAAACAUUCUAAGUAACAGCCGAGACAACAAGGAGAAAUUGAAAAGCUAUUUCUUAAACAGCAUUUUGAAGCGAAGAUCACAAGAAGCCAUUUAUUCGCUUUUUGUAGAUCAUUCUAGAGAUAUUCAGAUAGUUAAGGUUUUUGCCAUCUGCUUAAUCUAAAGGGGGCUCUUGGGGCGGGUAAUUAGCAUCCACAGUAUAAUUUGCUAUUUAGUGAAUGCUCUUUUUUUUUAUUUGCAACUACUCAGAGAAAUACAAACCUCCCCCGAGCCCUCACCUUUUAUCAGUGCAGAUAUCAAAUGUUGUUUCACCUAAGUAAGUUUUGUGCAGUUCUUGUUUCUUAUGCAAAUAAAAACAUCUACAGACAACUCUUCAGUGUAGCAGAAAUUGCUCUGAUUAGUGCCUUUUGCCUAAGAGGGGAUUGUGUACUUAAAAACUACUUACUUGUAAUGAAACUUUGGGAAUUUUAUUUCCUUUGACAAUUAUAAAAUCAAAGUAGUUUAUUAUCUCAAAGAAAGUGGUGAAUUUUGAUUUAAAAACUGCUCUGUCAAGAUCCUUGGUGAGAUUUUAGCCAUCUCUUUAAAAAGAAAAAUACUUAGACUUACCACAAACAUUAGGGGCGAUAGCCAACUAAGAUACUCAGAGUAGACCCAUUUAAACCAAUUGACUUAAUUUGAUUUCUGUGGGUUUACUCUGAAGACUUAGUUGGACAUAACUACAGAAGAGUUUCAGAUUGUUUUAAAGUCCUUUAUAGGUCUGGACCAACCCGGUGCUUAUAAUAUAAAACGCACAUUUUAAUAGCUCAGUUGAUAAAACUAGAUCUGUGCUAGUUGCAAUUUUCUUUAAACACUGCAUGAAAAAAUAUGCACAUUUUUGUAAAACCAUGUCAGUUGCAAUAAUCAGAUUUCUCUUUAGUCAUCUAAAAAUGAAUCAUACUUUUGGUAAAGAGUCCUGUAUAUGACACAACUUGACAGUAAAAUACUGAAUACUGAAAAACUUGGACUGCUUGUAUUGGAAAAGUGAGUGAUCUAACCUGUUAUCCAUCCAACCCUGUUUCCCCACAAGGGCUAAUCAAGGCUGAAUACGCAGGGGCUCCUUUUACAAGAUGGCCUAUAUAAAGCAAAGAUAAUGCCAGCUGGUGCUGUUUGAAAGAACACCUUGGGAAAAGCAAAUAUACCCUCUUUCAUUUUAAACAGAGAUAAUGAACAGCUUGAUCUACAACCUUGUUCCAAUGCUGUACGUAUGAUGCUCUAAACAUUUUCCUGGACAUAAUUAGGAGAUUGAAACAGAAAAGUAAUACUAGUACUAAUACUAAUACUAAAAUGUGUUUUUGAAAAUAUUGUGUAAUAUAUUUUGAAAUAAAUUAUGAGAUAGAUUGAAAACAUCAGAUAGAUGCCUAGAUGGGUUACAAUGUUAAAAUAUAAAAUAGUAGUGCUAAAAUGGCUUUCAGUGUCCAGAGUAUGAUAUGUGUAAUAUCAGUGACCUAUUUUUUUUUUAAUUUGAAAUAAAUAGCAUUAUGAGUAAUGUAUUAUGGGUGAUUUUAUAACACGUAUAGGUUCACAGAAAUAUUAAGCUUCAGAAUACAUUGUUUUAGAUUAUAAUUAUAAUUUGUGAGGUAGAAUAGCAGUAAUUACACUCAUGUGAAAGAAUGUUUGGAUACAAAAUCUUCCAGUUAACAAUAGAAAUUACAACUGCCAAAUCAAUGAAUGUGUAAAAUAUUUUUGUUACUUUGACUUUUCUCUUGCCUUCUAAUGAGAUCUUUUCUUUUAUCCAGUGUUUGCUUUCUCUCCAAUCCCAUUCACUGUCAGAUUUAGUAUUUCUCCUCCAAAUCCCAUUUUACCUCUUUUUUUAAAAAAACCAAACACAUUUGUUUAAAAAAAUAAAAUGAAAGAAGGCAUUAGUAAUUAAUUUCUUAUGACACAGAUCUCUUCUUAGAAGGUUGCAAUCCAGUAGCCUCAAACUCAUUGGUCUCAGUACGAUCUACUGUAUCUAUUGAGUUGAUUGGGAUAAGGUUGUACUGUAAGAACAUGGAAGGGAAAAAUUCAAAAUCCAGUAGAUUUUAAUAGUUUCUGUUGGGAAUUGCACUUAACUCAUUUUGAAUAGAAGAGUUUACAUUUCUCACUUCUGCUAAUUCAUAGGCAAUUCAAAGAAGUUUGAUACAUGUGAAUCCUUCUCAGCAUCCAGCAGCAUUUUGGAAAAUCAAGUCCUGGUUUUCUUAGUAUUUACAUAUCUUUGGAAAGAUGAUGAUGGUGGCUUUUCUCCUGUGGGUCAUCUUGGCUCGAGGCAUUGUGGCACGUUGCAGUCCAAACAAAGCAGGUAAAAUAGCUGCAUACUAUUCCAGCGAUGUUAACCUCUUGCAAUUAAAUACGCUUCCAACUGCUUAGUUUUAUUUAUCAAGAGAUCCACAGAUAUUCAUUACAACCUGUUUGUGACAAUGUAUAUAUGGGCUUGGAUUGAAUGUUCUCUGACUGCCAGUGCAAGGACUGUUGCACUAGCGUAAUAUUGGUCGUGCAGUAUGAAAUCCAGCACAAGGAUCCUAGUGAAAAAUUGCCAUGCAACAGGUGGUACAACACAGAGGCAGCAAGCCUUGUUUCACCGCUUGAGGCAAGACGAGAAUGUGCUGUGUGCUCUGUGAGAUCUCAGGAGAUUGUGAUUAGAUUGUUUGGACCAUGUAUCCUUUGGCUUUUCCAUCAGCACUGGACACCUCAUCACUGAAAUUCAGUACUGGAACACAAAUUAAGGGCCUGUUGCUUUCAUAAAUGGUGGAUUAAUGUGAGACAGUAUCCCUGUUCUUGCUUUGGAAGUGUAAUUUGGAGAUUGCGGGGAAAGAGCUGAAAGAGUCCAAUAUCUCUGCCGGCUUCUUUGGAGUGUGUCACACACACAUAAUAGCACCUGCAAUAGUACCUUUGUCUAGAUAAAGGAAAGAACUUAUCUGAAUCACUGCCCCUAGCCCCUGUUCAGGGUACCUGUAAUUAAACUGAAAUGUUAGCAGCUGAUUAUUCUCUCUCUCUUUAAUUCAGUGCUUUUUUUCUUGGGGGAAGCUGGGGGACGCAUACCCCUAAACAUGUUGUGAAUCUAAGUUUGGCCUCAUGGAGGGGCAGUAUUUCAAUAUGAGUGGGGAAAUGGCAGUACCCCUAAACAUCUUUGUAGAAGAAGAAAAAAGCACUGCUUUAAUUGCAAACUGAUGUGUAAAUGUGGAAAAUUGAAGACGGGAAAUGAGAAACCGAGAGAAACCGAAAGUGACAGAUUCACCCAUCUGAACAUGAUGUGGCAUGGACAUAGCCUGCAGGCAUCCUAAUGUGUACAUUGGGGUUGCAGGCUGCUGCCUCCUACCACGUGCAUUUUUUAAAUGUCGUUUGAACGUCUGGAGAAACAACUAGUUGCCGAGCUGAACACUUGAUUUGAGUCCAGGCUUACCAGAGCUAAGCCUUCGAACUUGUGUUUUCACUGGCAUUUGCAAAAUAAUGAUAGAGGCGCAUUUUGUAAUCACUUAACCAUGCUCUAGUAGUGCAUUCCUCUCGCUCCUUUUUUUUACUUCUAGAUGCCAUUUUGGUGUACUGUUAUCCUAAAACCAUAAUCGCAAGAAUCCCGGAAUGUCCUUAUGGGUGGGAAGUUAAUCAACUGGCUCUUGGAGGAAUUUGCUACAACGGGGUCCAUGAGUCUGGGUAUUACCAGUUUACAAUCCCAGAUUUGUCACCCAAAAAUAAGUCAUACUGUGGAACUCAAUCUGAUGUAAGUAGCCAAAGUAUAAAUGCUUCCCCAAGUUGGAUGGUGACUGUGUCCAAUAAAUGUCUGAAGCUGUUCAUGCCUUUCCUGAGACUUUCACCAGUUUUACAACUUUUUUUAUUUAUAAUUUGAAAAACAAUAGAUUCACAAUAUCUCAUACCUUUUCAACAUUGUUUUAUAUAGAUCCAUUGUUAAAAUUUAUAUUUGAUCCCUGAUAGCUUCACCCUGAUGGAACACACACUGCUGGCCCUAUCCAUUUAAUGUACAGGCAUUUAAAAUGACAUCUGUACAGCUCUGUGCACUAGGGAGAUUUUCACACUUGCGGCACAUGUGCAAUCAUGGGUGCCAUGCCACACAUCCCUAUGCAGACCCUGUACUAAAUAGGCGUAUACCUAGGGCUAACACUGCAGAUCAGCUCCUACUUCACACAUUCCCUUGUACAUGUGGGGAAGAUCUGAAUGGAGAUUUGGGUGUAUGUUUAUGUCUAAUCCAUCUAAUAACUACAUACAGAGUCCCUCUGUAAUCUAAUCUAAAAAUAUGAAGUUUGGAGCAAAACAACAACAACCCACAGACUUUAAUAACCAACUUAUUUAUAGGCCAUGACUUUUUGCUGGCAAAAGUCUAUUUCACCAGAUCAGUCACAGUGUGCUUCCUGCAUGUUCUCUCAUGUGUGUUUACUCUUUCAGAAAUUUGAGAUAAUGUAGAAGUGAACUCUUGACGUGACCGUGUAAAACAAAAAUGGCAUAUGCAGUGUCACUGUUUACCUCUUGAUCUUUUCAUGGUUGCAGUUCAAAAGCCCCAUCUAUCAUUUCUAUAACUCCAUCGUCUCCAAUGACACCUCUGUGAUUGUGAAGAGUCAGCCUGUAAACUACUCAUUUACAUGCACAUACCAUGCAAACUAUCUGGUGAACCACGCUGCCUUUGACCAAAGGUAACUCUGCCUCGAUUCAAUUGGCCUUCAUCUUCUAGCAUAUGCCUCACUCUGCAUUCAACAGUGUAUGAUUCAGUCAUGUGACAUUUCCUGCCUCUUUUAGAGUGGCAACUAUUCAUGUGAAGAAUGGCAGCUCCGGUUCAUUUGAAAGCCAGCUGUCCCUCAACUUCUAUACUGUAAGUACCCUCUGUGUCUGUCUGCUGAUUUCCACUGUAAAUUUUUCGAUGGUGCAAUGGUGAAGUGAAGAGGCCAAAAAUAUGCAAAUGCAUAGGAAACUGCCUCCAUUUUACCAAAUGUAAAUGAAAAAGUUGAUUGUAGACAUUCAGUUACUCUUUGGGGGUACCAUAGGCUACACAAACUAGCAAGCCGUAACAGUGGUUUUUAGGUUUCAAACAAGUGAGAUUGCAGCAAGAUUUUGCCAUCAAUCCAGUCAUGCAUUCUUCCAUUCCAUUCCCCUUCCUCCCACAUCCCCCCUUUUUUUUACCCUCUCCAGCAUUCCAUGGCCUUAAGCAUGCUCAUCCUCACUGGACUUCCCAUUCCUUAGUUUCCCCCUAAACCAUUAUUAUUAUUUCUUGUGCUUCCUCCAAGCCUGUGGAUACCUUCUUACUGGUGUGUGGUUAAUGCUGUUUCAGCUAUGUGGCAUUCAAAAAAUGUAUUUUGCUAUUAGUAUGCAUAAGGGUUUCCUAUUAGUCUGUAUAAUAAGAUAUGUGCAUGUGCAGUCAUCACUUAAGCAUUUCUUAUUCAAUAUUAUAAACAGCUUGCAUUCAAAAAUAUUUGGGUUAAACCAAGAAUUCAAUGGAGUUCUGCUUGUGGAAUGGCAUGAUUUCAGGCCUUGGCAGUUUGGAGUCCCUUUAGAAUGCGUAAGAGAUGGCCUGGGGGAUGUAGGGAGAAAUGGUGAAACUCACCUCUUCUCCACUUCCAGUCACUGGAGCUUCACCUAGAUCCAAACUCAUUCUGCAAAUGGAAGAAUUUCUCCCAUUCACAGAAUGGCAGCUCCGCACUGUGUUUUUGGUAGUGUGGUGUGGACUCUGUACUAUUCAUUGUGUGACAAGAAGUUUCACUUAUAUAAAUCAUCGCUUGAUGCUGUAGUCACUGGGUGAUAAUAGGCAUGCAUGUAUCAACUCACUUAGUUUUUGCACCAGAUGCCAGAGCCACAAUUUGACUGUAACCAUGUAGGUUUUAAGAUUUUUAAUUUAUGGGCCCCUUGGCUGGCAUGGUGAGCAUAUGUCUUGCAGCAGAACAAUUCAUUACUUAUGUAAACAUCUGCUGUAUUAUAGGCUGGUCUGGUACCACUCAAUUAUUCUAUGGACUUGAAUUAUGUUAAUUCAAAUUUUGUAGCAAAUGAACCCAGCAUUGAGAUUCUUCCCUACAUUACACCAAACAUGCCCUUAGGAUCUGAUUGUUUACUGAACUGAUCAUGUAACAAUGUACUAUGCAGACUGCUUUCUACAUCAUCUUUAUAUAUUUGCAGUUCCAAACUGCGGUCCAAGCACUGUACUCACAGCAUUCUGCACUAGUGCUGUAACUGACGCCAUUAAACCCUCCCGAAAGCCACAAACAAAGGGCAAUGACUAUCUUGUCUUUUAGGUCUCGCUACGCAUAGAAGUUCCUUUCAUUCCCCCUGAAAUUUGCCUAGCUAUCCUCUGAAUCGAGAAGAUGCUUAUUGUUCUCUUGGGAUCUUUAUUCCGCUUUGUGUUUGGUUUCUCAUGUUUGUUCCAGGUUAUAAGGCUUUUAACUGAAAGUUCUAACCCCCUUUCAGUAUUUUGGUACAGUAUGUGUGAGCACACUCAGUGCUUGAAUAGAAAUCAACCCCAAAUCUCUUUCUGUCAAAUUUCAGACAGAGGGUGGCCCAGAUUUUGCCAUGAAUAACUGAAGAGGCCAGACCUCAAGAUACUCUAGCAGAGAUUCUCUCCAUGGGGUCAGGUGACUGACGUUUUCCCAUGACCCUAAAGUAAUAGAAUGUCACUGAAACUGCACUGUGUUGGUGUUUAUAUUCCUUGUUUCAGCACACCUAGAAUAAAAGACUGUUGGAAAAUUGUCUGUAACAGUUACUUAACUAGCUGUGGCUUGGGGAUGAAUUGUGGUAAACAGGAGAGCAGAAUGCUGUUGUAGUUGUGGGUUUCCUGCAGGCAUGUGCCUGGCCACUGUGAGUAUAGGAUGCUGGACUAGAUGGGCCAUUAGCCUGAAUUGCCAGGUUUACUUUGUUUUCUUAUGUAUUUAUGUAUAUUUCACCAGCUUGUGUGUCUUGGUUAUUUAUCAACUUCUUUUUUCAGAAUAAAAUUUGUUGUGCCCGAGUUCUUACUGCUCUUCUGUUAUACUAUUAAGAAUAGGCUGGAAUCCAACAAGUGGUUUGACACUGACCGAUUGAGCCUUUUUGAGCACUGAAAUAACUAACGUAGCUCAGGGUCAGAACACAUACUUUGCCUGCAAACCGUCCACAAUACUGAGCUUAAUGGUCCAACUUGGUCUAAGGCAGCAGCUUCUAUUCCUAAUUCAAUGUAAUCAUCAUGAGAGAAAGCCUGGGGGAGGGUGGAUUCAGUUGCAAAGUCAUUUCGCUAUCUUUCUUUCUGACAAUUUUCCACAUCACAAAUGUCUUGCAUAGCAUGCACCAGCCAGGUUGGGUGUGUGUUAUGUGAUAUAUAUCCCUGAAUCAAUUUUGUACUUGAGUCAUUUCACCCAGCAGUUUUAGCAUUGGAAUUUGAGAAGACAUUGUGUGAUUUGAUGCUUCAUGGACAAUUAAUCUUGUGCCUUGCUCACCAGAGAAAUGUGUGGCUUUCCUCAUUCAGCACUGCAUGGCUGGCUAUGGCAAACUGGUAGUUGGAUGUUGCCAAUAAAUGGUUCCCCCCCCCCUCUGAUUCUGAUCAGCUGGUUGCUGUCCUUUAUAUGUGGCUGUUCAGUGAUUUGCAUGGAAUAGUUCCUUCUAAGCCACAUUUCUUGAGCUUUCAUUGAAGCAUUACACACUCGACUUCAAGGCAUCCUGUUGUUGAGCCAAUUUAGGGCAAACAUCAUAAGAAUGUUAAGAAAAACAAACGAAACACAGAUACAAAAAUGGCAUAAGGGGAAACUGCUGGUGACAGAGUAUCUUUGCUGACAUUAUAUCUAAUUGUUAAGCUUUUGCUGUUCCUCCUUUGCAUUACUAACCCAUUCCUCCAUUUUCCCUCUCAGAAUGCCAAGUUUACAGUCAAGAAGGAAGCCCCCUUCGUAGUUGAAACUUCAGAAAUUGGUUCAGACAUAUUUGCUGGCGUAGAAGCAAAGGGCUUAAGUAGCAGGUGCAACUUUUCGUCAAUCAACACCAAUGUGAAAUUUUCAUUGAAAUUUUCACUCGUCUGGUACUCACAUCUCUUUGUCUCCUCAGAUUUAAAGUAGUUCUGACUAACUGUUGGGCAACCCCCUCAUCAGAAUAUUUCUUUCCAGUCCAGUGGCCUCUGAUAACUAAGGGGUAGGUAAAUUUGUGAGAAGGUCAACAUAAACAUUACUCACAUGAAAUGGAACUGUUGUGGGUAAGCAUAUCUUAAGAAACCAAUGAACCAAUGCCAUCCUGAAGUUAAUAGAAUAAAAUUUAGGCUAGGCAUAACCCUCGGCCAAUAAAGCGAGAUGAGCGCCGCAACCCCAGAGUCGGUCAUGACUGGACCUAAUGGUCAGGGGUCCCUUUACCUUUAAUGUCAAAUGAAGUACUUUUCUAGUAAUAUUAUACAACUCAGGCCCCAAAUAUAUGAAAGACCACCUCCUUCACUCUUGGGUGCUGAGAUCGGAAGUUCUCUUGGUAGUUUCUCUGUCCUCAAAGGGUUGGGGGAUGGCAGCCCGGGAGAGGGCAUUGUCUGUGGUGGCCCCUAAGUUGUGGAACUUCUUCCUCACAGAGGCACAGCCGGCAGCUUUAUUAUCCAGUUUCUGGAGAAUGCUGAAGACAUACCUCUGACUUUUGACAUUUGAGAUGCAUGUUUUUAGGACCCACCUUAUUGUUAUCAUUGUAGGUUGUUUUAAAAAUAAUAAUAAUAUUGUGCUUUAAUGUUGUAACCCACGCUUGGACCUUAGGGUGAAGGGCAUGUAAUAUAUAGAUAAUCGUACAUGUGAUAUAGUGUUUGCCUGUGAGAUCAGUAUAUGAUGUGGUUUGAGCAAAUCAUUAGGGGUUUUGAUCCAAGGUUUCACUUCAUGUAGUGGUGAUUUUUUUACACCAAGUGGUGGCCAAGUUGAUGCUCUCCAGAUGUUGGACUACCAUUUCCAUCAGCUCCAGCCGACACAGACACUGGUCAAAGAUGAUGGGAGUUGCAGACCAACAACAUUUAUAGGACAAGGACACUAUUUUGGCUACCCUGUUCUCUGCAACAUUACUACUGUUUUCAGUCAACCAGAAAUAAUUAGGACAGACAUUUCACUCUCUCAUUUUUGUCCAAUCACAGCUUCUUUUUACACAACUGAAUCUAACAUUCAGAGGUGCUCAGUUUGUCACAGAAACCAUGCUAUGUUCUUGCAUUAACCGCAAUAAAUUCAGUGAUAGUAUUAGAGAUAAGAGAAGAAAAGGAGUGCCUUAUUGUUCUUCUCCUUCUAAGAGUGCCUGUUAUCAUGUGGCUCAGGUGCCCCACAGAUGACACCAUCAUAGUGCAUGAAAAUGGGAAAGACAGCCGCGCGACCUUCCAGUUUAAUGCAUUUCGUUUCCGGAAUAUUCCCAAACUCUCCAAGGUGUGGCUGCACUGUGAGACGCAUGUAUGUGACAGUGAGAAGUUAUCGUGCCCUGUGGUAAGUUUUUUGUUUGUAGCAAUUAAGAAUGGAGUCUAGCCGGCAAAAACAAAAACAAAAAAAAACCUGCGCAUUCCCAAGGAAUUUUGAUUGAACCUUUUGAAAAAGAAAAAGAAUACAUUUCUCAUUUUGUUACAAGAAACAACUUAAGACUUUGCUGGAUUGGGUAGACUGCAAAUUUUGGCACAAUCCCGUGGUUCCAACCCCUGCUCUGCCUUAAAGGUCCUUGGGCCAAACAGUCACUGUCUCUCAGCCUAGCCCACUUCACAGUGUUAUUGGAAAGGUAAUAUAGAGUAGACGUCACCAUGCUUCCCCGGUCUCCUUAGGGCAGGGGUUUUGAACCUUUGGGAGGAAUUCAACAUUGCACUACUAUGAUCAUUCUAAUAGCACAAGCAUUUUUGUUUGCCCAGUGCAAUGCUCUUCUGGGGUUCUCCCCAAAGAGAGGAUUCAUUGUCCUGCUAGCACAUCAGUUUCGUUGAAUCCAACCCUACGGUCAUCCAGCUCCCGUCGGCCCCAGCCAGUACUGCCAGUACUCAGGGAUUAUGGGAAUUACCGUCUAGCAAUAUCUGGACGUCCAUAAGUUCUAUAUCCCUGCCUUAGAGGAAGACAACUGCAAUAAAUGGAAAUUAGAAAACUAUGGUUCUUCUCACUAGGAGGAGCCAGAGCAACACACGGGACAAUGUUUGUUUGUGGAUAAAUUGUUUCUAGAUUCCAGACCUACCCAGGGCUCCUCUCAGAGGUGGAUUUAGGGGAGCACGACCAGUUCAGUAACACUGGGCACUGCAACUAUGAUGUAGAGUGGAAGGCAAAAGGCGGGAGGUGGCAAACACUGGUGUUGUGCGGGGGCACCACUGAUACUUGGCCAUUAUGAUAUCUGCAUAUGCAACUUCAUUCCUCCAUAUACCCAUGGAUACAUGUAGCUAAAUAGCAGAUAAUCAGCACACACCUUUUUGAUUUUGGGUAGCUGAAAGAAACUUCUGUAACUGCCAACAGUUUUCUUUGAUUCUUGGUUUUGGGUCAAAUUGAAACAAAAGCAGAACAUCCAAAUCUUGUCUGAUUGCUAUUGCUGCCAUCUGGCAGCUGGCUAACCUGCUGGAAAAGUGAUGGAUGGAGGUAUCAUGUUGCAGCACAUCUUUGGGAGAAUUUAGAGCAUGAAACAUGUAAUAAUAAUAACAACUUAUUAUUUAUACCCCACCCAUGUGGAUGGGUGAUAAAACAUCAAACAUUAAAAACUUCCCUAAACAGGGCUGCCUUCAGUGUUAAAUCACAUGACAGUGGAAACUGAAUGAAGACACCACACAUUGCCCAGAAAUCACCAGUUUAUCUCAGGCCAGAAAAUAUAAUUGGAUGCUAUUUUUUUUUAUUACAGUGAAUUUGAAUAAACCAUGCAAGGAGAAAUCCUCUGAUGUUCCAUUAAGUACCCUGCAGUGCUUUGUUCUUAGGAACUAUUUACCUUGAACUUGAAUAAUAUGUCCCCCUCAGUGCUGCUUGUUUAAACCCUGUUUUGACCAGUUACCCUUGAUCUUUUUUGACAAAACUGAAAUGAAAUGAGGCAAAUGAGACUGCUGGUCUGGAGAUCCCACCCUUAGCCCUGUGGUGACUCUUGCUUCUGUCUCCAAGAACUUGUGAUUUAGGCUGAAAACCUCUGUACAUUUUCCUGGAAGUGAGCUCUAUGGAACACCAUGGGGCUUGGACCGCAAUUCCAACCCCCUGAUCUGCUGCACUAACAAGAGGCUGGUUGAGAGGUCUUCCUCCGUCCUGCCCAAAACAGCUCUACUGGCCUCAGCCCACGGUAUGAUACCGACAUCAUGCUGGCAUGGAACUCCCAGUUCCAUCUACUGGAAGUGUAGGCAGGUGGAAGUACCAUCUGUGGGACUCCCAUUGGCAAUAGCCUACAAAAAGCUGCAAAUAGGUUUGGGAGUGGAAAAUAAGCUGGCCCAUGAUCCCUUGGACCCCAGGCCACCCUUGCUGUCUUCAUUUGAAGGCAUUGGGCACAGUUCAGGCUGCAUAACAUGGAGCAAUAGCACAGAGCUGGGUUUUGCAACUCUCUGUACUUUCCAGCCUUGCUGAUAUGGGCAGCAGGACUUUGGAUGCAGCCCUGGCCAUGCUGCUCCACUCCACCCCACUGGAGUUAGGAUUGCUCUGUUACUUCUGAAUAAAUAAGCCCAGGAUCAUCGUUCCUCUAUGCCUAGAGAGCCACAAAGAUGCUAACACACUGAUAAGGUUUAUUAGGAAGAAAAAAUGUUCCUUUGUUAAGUAUGUGUUCAGUUCUAUGGACAUACACAUUGUCUACCUUUUAUUCUUUGGGACUAACAUAUCUGAGUGUAGUCUGCUGCUGUAUUUUGUAAUGGUGGGUUUUAUUUUUUAUUUUAUUUUUAUAAAUUUAUAUUUUAUAUUUAUAUUUUAACUGAGUUUGAGGUUGUGAUUUCAAUGACUAUUUUAUUAGGAUUGCAUGCCCCAGGAUUGAUUUGAUGAAAGGCAGGAUAUAAAUGAAAUAUUUUAGAAAUAAAUAUUGAUCAAGCAAAUCGUUUUCUUUGUUCCUUUUAAGUUAUGUACAAAUCGGAGACAACGAAUGGAGCCAACAGGUGGUGUGUUAAUGGCCGAACUCACUGUGAACAGUAAGUGCAGAAGGAUAUUUUGAUUUAUAAUUUGGGUGCUACAUUGCAAAACAGUUUAUGCUUUACCUGCAAAGGGGAGGAUUAAUGCUGCCCUUUGAUGAAAAGGUAGGAUAAUUAAUCAACCUCUUCAGUAGGAAUGCAGUCACUUACUGGGUUUGAUUUCUGAUGCAGGUGUUUCAGAUUAACUGGUGUGGGCUGGUUUCCAAUAUCCUCCUAAUUUCUGAUUACGGUACAUCUAUUACUAGGGAAAUUCUUCAAAUAUGGGGAUGAAAUAUCAACGCUUUUUAAGUUGGACCCAGCAGCGGAGCAAGGUGGGGGCAGUCCGCCUCGCCCCGGGUGUCAUCACUGAGGGGGGUGACAUUCUACACGUCACCCACCCGUGACUCCCACCUAUGGCGAGCUGUCGGGAGAAGGAGGACAGCUGCACCGCUUUGCUGUUUUGAGAGCCCUGCGCUUCCGGGCUGCUGGAGGAGGCAGGCAUGCAGGCAGGGAGAGGAUGGGAAGGAGCAAACAAGUGAAGGUUGGAGGGAAGGACAGAAGCUCCCUCAACUCAGGACCCAAACCCUGCCCUGUAACCCCACAGAAAGCUUAACAACUUUGGUCAACCCUCCCCAAAAGAUUCUCAACAACUUUGGCCAACCCUCCCCUAGAAAAAGCUCGACAACUUUGCUCAAUCCUUCCCUAAAAAAAGCUGAACAACUCCUGGCAAUGACAAUGGGUAGAUCACAGCCAGUCUUUUUAUACUGUGAGUAGAUUGCAGUCUCUUGGGAGUCCAACUAGAUUUCAGUGUGGGUGUGGGUGUGACAUUUUCCGCGCCGGGUACCAUCUGACUUUGCUACGCCACUGGUUGGACCCAGAACAAUUAGGAGUCCUGCUCCAAAUGAAGUUUGUCCCCUUCCACUAAGCAUUACUCCCUUGCCAAGCCAAAAACAAAUAUAUAUUAAUCAGGGGUCGACUUUGGUAAUCUUUGGUAGAAUGGCACCCUGAACAACGCCAAAAUCUGGUGCCUCCAAAUGAAUCUUCUCAAUGAUGGAUCUUCUCAAUUUUGGGCCCUCUCAGCUCAGCACCCUGUAUGGGGGAGCUGCCUGAACCACCCUAAAUCCGACACCGUAUUAAACUCGCAAAAGUAGGAGGAGAGGUGUUACUAAACACAGGCGAUACCUUGCAGGUUUUAUCCUUAGUUGGAAACGAUACUUCCGGGCAUGUUCUGGUAUGUUAUUUCCAACCAGGGAUUAUGCAAGAAACCAACCAGGGAUUAAGCGAGAAAUUGUGGCCAAUGAUGACUGGGGAUUUGUAGCUUUCUUUGUCUCAUUAAUCAGUCCAGAAGAAAUUCAGUAGAGUCAUUAGAGUAGAGUCAGUAGAGUUACAAAGAAGGGUGUUCCAAAGCAGCCAUAUGAGGUGCACGGAACAUAUAACGACAUAGAUACAGUAGCUCCUUAUACCUGUGUCAGAGCACUGGUCCAUCUAACUCAGAACUGUCUACACUAACUGACAGCAGGUCUCUGAGUUCUACUUGGAGAUGCUGGAGAUUGGACAUGGGACCUUCGGCAUUCAAAACAGAUGCUUUACCUUUGAGUUGUGGUCCUUUCAGCAACAGUAAGGGUGGAGGCUAACUCUGAGAUUUCCGUAACUCCUGGUGUGCCUCAAGACUUUGUAGUCUCCAAGUUUUGAGGGAACCUACACAUGUUGCAGGGCACACUUUCUAUUUAUAGUUUUGCAUUGCCCAGUGUUUUGUUGAGCUGAAAUGGCCUUGAGUUUAGACCCUAUUCCAGAUCACUUUAUUAUUUUAACAUAAAAAUAGGAGAACAUGUCCACAGAUAAGGGGCCUGUAUGGAGGGCCCACUUUCAGACACCGAUACAGUGGUACCUCGGGUUCUCUCUCUAGAGAGUCUGCCGUCCUGUGCAAAUCUUAUCUGGAGGGUAUUGUUCUCAUGAAGCUUAAUCAUCAGAAGUAAUAACCUUCUGUUAAUACCCAUAUUGGCCAAUUUGGCCCAGAGCCUGCUCCUAGAUACAGAAUCAAAUGCUGCCUUUAGGUCCACAAAGGCCGCAUAUAAUGACUUUUUCCAAUAUUUCGCAUACUUAUAGACAAAGUAAUCUAACACUAAGCAGUGAUCAAUGGUGGAACGUCCGGAUGUAAACCCUGCUUGUUCAAUUUCUAGCAAGUUGUUAUGAUCUAACCAUUCCCAUAAUUUUAGGCAUAGAUGUUUUGUAUAAAGUUUACAGAUCACAUUCAGGAGACUAAUUGGUCUAUAAUUAGAUGGAUCAGAGGGGUUGCCCUUUUUAAAUAUGGGAACAAUUAUAGCUAGUCCCCAAUCUUUAGGGAUUUCAGUUGUCUUGUCUAUAUAUGAAAAUAGAUUUGCAAGGACCGGGGCCCACCAGUUUAUUUGCGCUUUCAAAAGUUCAGCGACAAUGAAAUCACUUCCUGGGGCUUUGCCAGAUUUCAUUUGUAGAAUUAGCGAAGCGAUUUCAGUUUCAGAUGUUGGGGGCCAUGGUGUAUCAUUAUCUAAGGGGAUGUUAAGCGGCGCAGAAGGACGAUGUUCCCUAAACAUCACUUUAUAGUGCUCUUCCCAUGAAUUUGCAGGGAUUAUUGUGCCCUCAUUAGGAGCUUUGGUUUGACUGGAGAUAAUUUUCCAGAAAUUAGAAUUGUCUUUUUCUAUUGACGCUUUUAUGAGGGCCUGCCAGAUGAGAGAGUCUGCGGUUCUUUUUUGGUUUUUAAUAACUCUUUGUAGUUCUUUUUUUAAGUUGUAACUCCAAUUUAGUGAUAGGGUUAGGAUUUUGCUGGAAGACCUUAAAGCAUUCCCUGAGUAUAAGUUUUGCCUGAGUGCAUUCGUGGUCAAACCAUUUUUGUUGGUAGGGAGUCAUUUUGGUUAGAUCUUCUGGGUCUUGACAAUAACGGUUGGAGUUUUCGGAUUAAUGUGUUAUAAUGGUCAAUUGGGGAGGUCUCUUCAGUGUCGUUGGAGAUCAGAUCAGCCCAGAGGAGUUGACCUUCCAUUGAUUGUGUCCAAAUACCAAAAUGGUUAUUAACAUAAGGGGACCAUUUAAUUCUGGAUCUACCUAUUUGUUGUAAAGCGCUAGGAUCAGGAGUCUGCGGGGCAAGCCCACAUCUAGAGGGUUCCCAAAAUUCAGUCCUUUUAAGAUUUAGGGGUAAAUGGUCACUUUCGGUUCUUAUAUCUACAGUAAAUUCAAUAUAUUCAUCGAAAAGUUCUUGGGAGACAAGGAUGUAGUCAAUAACAGAAUGCCUUAGGCCUGACCAGUAAGUAAAUUGGCCAGGGCAGUCCCCCGAGGAGAGGCCGUUUAAAAUAACAAGGUUUAAUCUAAGUGCCAUUAAAAAAGACAUGUACCAGCAAAAUUGGUGACUGGGUCAAGUGAGUGACGCCUGAAUAGGGGCCAAUAUUCAUCAUUAGCAUUUAGGGGACCCAUUCCACUUUCCUUGAUUAACUGUUCGUCUGAGUGGCCUAGCCUUGCAUUAAAAUCCCCACCAAUAAUUAAGGAGGCAGAGGGAAACUUAUUUGAGACAAGGAGAAUGCAGUCUUCCAGUUCGUUCCAGAUGUUUUUAAGAUCAGUUUGUUUCAUAAGUGGGUGAAUAUAAACAUUGAUGCAUAUGAUCUUAAAAUGGGUGGAGAAUAUUUUAACGGCCAAAAUCCAUUUUUUAUCGAUUUUCAAUUGGAUAGGGGAGGCUCCUAGAUCUGUCGAUACGAAGGUGCUCAAACCUCCCGCCGGUCUUCCGCCUUUUGGGCCGAUUGAGGCAGGGGAAUGGAAAGCAAAGUAAUUGUGUAGUUCGAAAGGAUUUUGCAUCCAGGUUUCUUGGAGCAGGAUGAUCUUGAACUGUGAUACGUAGGUUAAAACGUCUUUGUCCCUUGUUUUCGAUUGCCAUCCAGCAACGUUCCAGGAUAGUAGUAGGGGUGAGAGUCAUUUUGUCUCUUCAAUAGCAUCUAGGGUUUUCCCGGGGUCGUGGAAGAUGCAACCAUUGGAUGGUUGAGUCUCCGGUAAUGUGAUUAGGCGCCACAGAGAUUUCGGCGUGGAUUUCAGAUGGGCAGAGUAGAGGUGUGUGUUCUGCCGUGACCUGAGGAGAUUCAUGACCCAUUUUUCGCUCCAAGUUAGGUGGAAUAUUUGCCUCUUUUAUGGGCGCUAGAUCUUCAAAGUUGCGGAGAUAGAGUAAUAACUCAUCUAGUCUGUCCGUUAUCUCUGUUUGUUCGGCUUUUGGCAGAUGGGAGAAGGAGACAAGUAAUUCCUGCUCCAUCGAAUUCUCAAGAUGAGUAGCCUUUGAUAGGAGGGGCAUGGGGGUCUCUGUCCAACUAAUUAAGUCUGAGGGUGGAGAGGUAGAGCUCGUAGUAGAUGGAAUGCCCUCAUUUUUAAUUGCUUUCCUUUUAACUGGAGAGUAGGGAAUAAGAGGGCAAAUCUUAGUGUUGAUAAAAACUCUUGUGAUAAAAAUUCUAUAAUUAGUCAGGUAGCUUCGUAAGGACAUCAUAUAAGUUGGAAGCUUUUUAGAAUCAAAGGUGAGCAGUAUCCUCUGCAUGUGUGGCUUGCUGUAAAUGUGGACAGCGGAUUUCAGAUCGAUGGAAAGAGGAUCUACGCCCAGAAGCUCAGCCAAAUGCCUUCUUGCGACAUGUGUAGACGACCAGUUAACAACCUGACCUUUGAAGGGAAGGAUAAUUAAACAAAGUCUAGUGGCUUGUAACGAAAGAUUAUAGGAAGAUAUGGUGUGUGAAUCUUCCAUAGAUUGUUCAUUUUCAGAUUUGCAGCCAGUCUGCGGGGUUAAACGUAAUAGGGCAGGUACUCUGGGCGUUGGUUCAGCCCUAUCCUCCGGUGAAACGUCUACAGGGCUGACAUUCACUUUUGGGGAUACAAAGGAUGUAAUAUUCUCUAAGGAGCCUUUGAUGUCUCUUAUAUAUUUAAAGAUACAGUCCACGGUUUUAGCCACUAGGUCUAACGUGGUAGAGUGUUCAAGCAGUAAUUCAGAGAGAUAGUUUGCUUGUUCUCCGAUGCAGUCUUCCGCCUGAAUGGGCAUAGUUGGAGCUUUUUGGGGCCUUUAGGUCUCGUGGUGGAGUUGUUUAAGGAGUUAAUGGGUUGUUUAGUGGGUGGUUCCUUCGGUGUAAUUUCCUUAUCUAUUAUCUCUGCUAAUGGCGAGAAACUGUUCGAGGUCGGAAUAUUAAAAGUGUCCUUUGUUUUUCCAUGGAAGAAUUCGCUGAUUUUGGUUUGCUUGGUAAGGGGCAAACAUGCCAUUUCCUCUGAGUCCUCCGAUUCUCUGCAGCGUUUGCCAACCCCCCUCCUCGCAUCAGCAGGGCUGUCUAAUUGCUGAGUCAUCUCUCCCUUUGCCUCGCUCUUUUAUCUUCCCUAAAUUUUUCAAAGAGUCGAGGGAGUAUUUUCCUUGAAAGUAUCCUAUUCAAGGAGGAGGAGUGUGCCAAAGGUUAUUGGCAUAACACUAAGUUAUGCUCCGUCUGUGCCUCCAGACUUGUGGUGGGAACAGCCCAUGAAUCUUCCUGUAAGCUCUUCGCAGUAUGAUAAGAUAGUCAAUGCGGCUUUAAAGCUCCAAGAAGAGUCAGGAAAGCGGAGCGUGGGAUGGAAUGGGGUGAGGUGCUUAAAAUUAUCUGAGCUCAAUAUUCAUUAAAAUAGUCUUUAAAAGGAGUAAGAGAAAAUAAAAAGAUAAAAUCAAUGGGCUCACAUUAGUAGAGUGCUGUCCGCCAUCAUCCGCUUCUAUCAAAAUUUAUACCCCUUCAAUAUUAUUUGGAAUCCUCCCCUGAAAUUCUUCGAAAAUACCUCCUGGAAGAUUCCUCAAGCUCAGUAUCAUAUGAGGUGGCUAAAUUUUGCACUUUAGUAAUUAAGAAACGUAAAUCUCUUCUGUUGAAUGGCACACUGCGAAGUUCCCUUGUGUAACCUUUUUUCUUUUCUGAAGUUGUUGCUGAUUUCUUGUUGUCUGAUCUUGGGAUGUUUAGUGUCACUGGCUUUGGCCGCAAUAAACUUGAACUUGAACUUGGUACCUCGGGUUACAUACACAUCAGGUUACAUACACUUCAGGUUACAGACUCCACCAACCCAGAAGUAGUACCUUGGGUUAAGAACUUUGCUUCAGGAUGAGAACAGAAAUUGUGCUCCGGCAGCAGCAGGAGGCCCCAUUAGCUAAAAUGGUGCUUCAGGUUAAGAACAGUUUCAGGUUAAAAACAGACCUCCGGAACGAAUUAAGUACUUAACCUGAGGUACCACUGUAGAUUAAAGGAUAAUGCAAGAUAUAAACGUUUUAAAGGACAUAAGGAAGUAAUAAAAUCAAGCUAUUCCACCUUGCUGAAUGGAUCAUUACUUUAGCAUGUAGUUAGUGGCAGUGUAAUGUUCAUCACAUUAUUGCAUUGAUUUAUCUUUUUACUUAUAAGUCAUUUCCUGUGAGCAUUCUAACUUUUCUUAUUUCUCACAGAUAAAGGAUUAACCAGGAAUUACAACUUUUCAGGUAAAAAUUACAAAUAUUAAACUAUCUAACAUGUUAGUCAAUGGAAAUUUAUCAGCAUUAAUGAAAAUGCCAUUUAAUAAACUUUAUUAUAGUUGAAGGAUGUCAGAACUAUAAUAGUUUUAGAUUAAUUGCUUUCCUGGACAGAAUUUGCUGCCAUGUCCUUGUUUAUGAUAAAUCAAGGAAAUCAAUGUAAAUCAAUUUCAGAAAUUAUGAGGGACACCAUGGAGGGCUGGUGGGGAAGUAGAAUGCGAAAUGAAUAUGAAUCGGGAAAGUAUGUAUCAAUUUCUAAACUUUUGAAACUCAGAAAUAAAAUUAUAAAAAGAUAAAUCAAGGUAACUUAUAAACACCACAAAUGUAAACAUCAUAAAUUUAGAAAAAGCUAAUAUAAAAACUAUGAGCUAUGCCGUGCAGGGCCACCCAAGAUGGACAGGUCAUAGUGGAGAGUUUUGACCAAACGUGAUCCACCUGGAGCAGGAACUGGCAAGCCACUCCAGUAUCCCUGCCAAGAAAACUCCAUGGACAAAGACAACAGGCAUAUAAAAGUUAUGACGCUGGAAGAUGAGCCCCUCAGGUCGGAAGGCGUCCAACAUGCUACUGAGGAAGAGCGGAGGACAAGUACAAGUAGAUUCAGAGCUGAUGAAGCGGCUGGGCCAAAGCCGAAAGGACGCUCAGUUGCAGAUAUGCCUGGAAGCAAAAUAUGCCUGGAAGAAAAAUAUUGCAUAGGAACCUGGAAUGUAAGAACCAUGAACCUUGGUAAGUUGGAUGUGGUCAAAAAUGAGAUGGCAAGAAUAAAUAUUGACAUCCUGGGCAUCAGUGAACUAAAAUGGAUGGGAAUGGGCGAAUUCAGUUUGGAUGACCAUCAUAUCUACUACUGUGGGCAAGAAUCCCGUAAAAGAAAUGGAGUGGCCCUCAUAGUCAACAAAAGAGUGUCAAAAGCUGUACUGGGAUGCAAUCUCAAAAAUGAUAGAAUGAUCUCGAUACGAAUCCAAGGCAGACCUUUUAACAUCACAGUAAUCCAAGUUUAUGAACCAACCACUGGUGCUGAAGAAACUGAAAUUGACCAAUUCUAUGAAGACUUACAACACCUUAUAGAAUUGACACCAAAGAAGGAUGUUCUUCUCAUUAUAGGGGAUUGGAAUGCUAAAGUAGGGAGUCAAGAGAUAAAAGGAACAACUGGCAAGUUUGGCCUUGGAGUUCAAAAUGAAGCAGGGCAAAGGCUAAUAGAGUUCUGCCAAGAGAACAAGCUGGUCAUCACAAACACUCUUUUCCAACAACACAAGAGACGACUCUACACAUGGACAUCACCAGAUGGGCAGCAUCGAAAUCAGAUUGAUUAUAUUCUAUGCAGCCAAAGAUGGAGAAGCUCUAUACAGUCAGCAAAAACAAGACCUGGAGCUGACUGUGGCUCAGAUCAUCAGCUUCUUAUAGCAAAAUUCAAGCUUAAACUGAAGAAAGUAGGAAAAACCACUGGGCCGGUAAGAUACAAUCUAAGUCAAAUCCCUUAUGAAUACACAGUGGAAGUGAGGAACAGGUUUAAGGAUUUAGAUUUGGUGGACAGAGUGCCUGAAGAACUAUGGAUGGAGGCUCGUAACAUUAUACAGGAGGCAGCAACUAAAACCAUCCCAAUGAAAAGGAAAUGCAAGAAAGCAAAGUGGCUCUCCAACAAGGCCUUACAAAUAGCGGGAGAGAGAAGGCAAGCAAAAUGCGAGGGAGAUAGUGAAAGAUACAGGAAAUUGAAUGCAGAUUUCCAAAAAAUAGCAAGGAGAGACAAGAAGGCCUUCUUAAACGAGCAAUGCAAAGAAAUAGAGGAAACAAUAGAAUGGGAAAAACCAGAGAUCUGUUCAAGAAAAUUGGAGAUAUGAAAGGAACAUUUCGUACAAAGAUUUCCAUAAUAAAAGACAAAAGUGGAAAGGACCUAACAGAAGCAGAAGACAUCAAGAAGAGGUGGCAAGAAUACACAGAGGAACUAUACCAGAAAGAAAUGGAUGUCUCGUAUACCCCAGGUAGUGUGGUUGCUGACCUUGAGCCAGACAUCCUGGAGAGUGAAGUCAAAUGGGCCUUAGAAAGCACUGCUAAUAACAAGGCCAGUGGAAGUGAUGGUAUUCCAGCUGAACUAUUUAAAAUUUUAAAAGAUGAUGCUGUUAAAGUGCUACACUCAAUAUGCCAGCAAAUUUGGAAAACUCAGCAGUGGCCAGAGGAUUGGAGAAGAUCAGUCUACAUCCCAAUCCCAAAGAAGGGAAGUGCCAAAGAAUGCUCCAACUACCGCACAAUUGCACUCAUUUCACACACUAGCAAGGUUAUGCUUAAAAUUCUACAAGGCAGGCUUAAGCAGUAUGUGGACCGAGAACUCCCAGAAGUGCAAGCUGGAUUUCGAAGGGGCAGAGGAACCAGAGACCAAAUUGCAAACAUGCGCUGGAUUAUGGAGAAAGCUAGAGAGUUCCAGAAAGACAUCUACUUCUGCUUCAUUGACUAUGCAAAAGCCUUUGACUGUCGACCACAGCAAACUGUGGCAAGUUCUUAAAGAAAUGGGAGUGCCUGAUCACCUCAUCUGUCUCCUGAGAAAUCUCUAUGUGGGACAAGAACCUACAGUUAGAACUGGAUAUGGAACAACUGAUUGGUUCAAAAUUGGGAAAGGAGUACGGCAAGGCUGUAUAUUGUCUCCCUGCUUAUUUAACUUAUAUGCAGAAUUCAUCAUGCGAAAGGCUGGGCUGGAUGAAUCCCAAGCCGGAAUUAAGAUUGCCGGAAGAAAUAUCAACAACCUCAGAUAUGCAGAUGACACAACCUUGAUGGCAGAAAGUGAGGAGGAAUUAAAGAACCUUUUAAUGAGGGUGAAAGAGGAGAGCGCAAAAUAUGGUCUGAAGCUCAACAUCAAAAAAACGAAGAUCAUGGCCACUGGGCCCAUCACCUCCUGGCAAAUAGAAGGGGAAGAAAUGCAGACAGUGAGAGAUUUUACUUUAUUGGGCUCCAUGAUCACUGCAGAUAGUGACAGCAGUCACGAAAUUAAAAGAUGCCUGCUCCUUGGGAGAAAGGCGAUGGCAAACCUAGACAACAUCUUAAAAAGCAGAGACAUCACCUUGCCAACAAAGGUCCGUAUAGUAAAAGCCAUGGUUUUCCCAGUAGUGAUGUAUGGAAGUGAGAGCUGGACCAUAAAGAAGGCUGAUCGCCGAAGAAUUGAUGCUUUUGAACUGUGGUGCUGGAGGAGACUCUUGAGAGUCCCAUGGACUGCAAGAAGAUCAAACGUAUCCAUUCUUAAGGAAAUCAGCCCUGAGUGCUCACUGGAAGGACAGAUCGUGAAGCUGAGACUCCAAUACUUUGGCCACCUCAUGAGAAGAGAAGACUCCCUGGAAAAGACCCUGAUGUUGGGAAAGAUUGAGGGCACAAGAAGAAGGGGACGACAGAGGACAAGAUGGUUAGACAGCGUUCUCGAAGCUACAAACAUGAGUCUGACCAAACUGCGGGAGGCAGUGGAAGAUAAGAGUGCCUGGUGUGCUCUGGUCCAUGGGGUCACAAAGAGUCGGACACGACUAAACGACUAAACAAUAACAACAAUAUAAAAACAAUCAAUUACAACAGUGGUGGGGGACCUUAGGCCUGGGGGCCAAAUGCAGCCCCCCCCGACCCCUUAUUUUAUCACUGGGACUCUUCAGAGGCCCUUUCCCCUCACCAAGCCACAUAUUUCACGGGCCACUACUCUGCAGCCACUAGGCAGGCUUAUCUGGCCCUUAAAACUGUCCGAAGCCACAACCCCCCGGCCCUGCUGCACAUCCUUUGCAAGUGUUUUCCCCUAACUGGAAUGUGUCCUUGAAUAAUGCAUACCUCUCAGCUGCCCCAAUUAAAUUGGGACAUCCCAUUUUGGGUGCCAUGCUCUCUCACAAGAUCACAGAGUCCCAAAAAAUGUGAGAUUGGGACCUCACGUGAAAGCACGGGACCCCAAAGUUCUCAGGUUUUUUUUGCCUCCGCGCUCUCACACAAGUCACAAGACUCACACAGAAGCAUAUCAGGGAACAUGCACACCCCAGUUUUCAGUCUCAACAUGUUGGAGGGUGUGAAUAAUGCCUCUUUCUUGCUUGCCUGUUUGGAGGAUGGAGAGAGGUGUCUAAUUUUUGCAUGACUGGAAUGUAGCCUGCUAGACAAUGCUAAGAAUCACAUCCAUUUGGCUUUUGGCUCCACUCAUCACCGGCGCAAAGCCCCUGAAAUGUGCUCCUCCCCUCCCCCAUGGGACUGCGGCCCUUGAGGUGAAAAAAGGUGACAGCAAGAAAAAUAUGAAGCAAUAAAAGUUCCAAAUUCACCCAGAAUCACUAACUUUUUGGCUUAAUACAUACAGGGUGGUAUUCAACUGAGUUUUACACACAGCAAACCCAUCAAAAUUAAUGGGCAUCCAGCUCCACUUGUGGUCUUACCGGCAUUGUGUGGGGAAUGGGCUAUACAACUGCACAGCACAGCCUGCAUCCUAACUAAAACAUUCCUGAUCAUAGCAGAUGGCCAACCCAGGCGGAUUCCAGGAUGUUCCUCAUCUGGAACAGUUCCACCACAAUGCAUACAUCCACCGCAAAGCUCUGUAUAAAAACUGAACUCAGCAUAUAACUUAAUCACCGUGGAAAGAUGGAAUGAUAAAUCAUGGGUUGGGCCUUUUUAAAUGGUGUCAAAACUGUGGCUAUAUAAAAUCUCAAACAGGGCAAUGUAACAGAAAUUCACUGAGCGAGACUACUCACAUUCUUCCUAUUUCUCUCUUCUUUGCAGCUAUCCUUUGCCAUUUACUCCUCUUUCUCGGAAUUCGCGCAGUUCUUUUAUAAUACUCAACCCAACAUCAGCUGCUGCUGAUCACCCCAUGGUCCUUUACUGCUACGAAGAGAUGCUUGUUUUACCUGCUGCCUUGUUUUACACGACAAAUAAAUUUCACCUGGCUUA